AUGGAGAUCGGACAAUCGAGUAACGGAGGUUGUUCAUCAGCUGAAGCUGUGAUGCUUGGAGCCCUAGCUCCUGGAGUCAAUGGCCCGACAUGGAACACCCUAAAGGUUGCAUUCCUUAUGCUCGGCGUGUGCCUUGCUGCUAUGCUGGGAUUGGCUUUCUCCUUUAGCGAUUCGUCUUUGAUUCUCCAUGUCACCUUCCUUCUCCUCAUCGCCGGCGCCCUUUUCUUGCUUCUCAGCAGCUUCCUAACAGAGACUGGCCUUGUUUCUGUCGAACACCAGAUGAAGGAGAUGGGCUUAAGAACAAAAGAAGCUAGUGAUCUUAAGCAAGAAUGA